ACCGCGUGCAGUAUAAUUUGCGCAGACACAACAACACAGCACAAAGCAGGCCCAACCAUCAGCUAGGAAGAAGCUUCUCGCCAGAGAUCCCACGAUCGUGAUGAGCACCACGGGCGACACCGAGGCCUACGUCGCCGGGCUGAAGGUGACGGAACUACGGGAAGAGCUGAAAAAGCUAAACCAACCGCUCCACGGGAACAAGGCGGCGCUCGGCCAGCGACUGCGGGAAGCGUUGGAGGAGAAGAAGAGGGGAGAGGCGGAGAAUCAGGACGGCGAGGAAGAAGAGGAGGAGGAAGAAGAAGAGGAAGAGUCUGAGGCCGUGACUGAGGACGAAGUUGGUAAGGAGGGGGAAGUCGCCGGGGGCACUGCCGCUGAAGAGCAGGAAGAACAAAACAUGGCGGAUGAGCCAGAGGCCGUGACGGAAAAGCCUCCUGCUGACGGAGAAGAAGACACGACGGGCUCGGGGGAUGCCGUAAAGCAGGAGGAAGAAAACGAGCAGGAGGAAGAAAACGAGCAAGACGCAGAAACAGCGCAAGAAGCCGCUGAGGCGAGCGAAGCGGCAGGGGCUGAGGUAAAGGAGGAGCAAGACUCAGAAGCUAUGGCUGGGGUAAAGCAGGAGCAAGACCCAGAAGCUAUGGCUGGGGUAAAGCAGGAGCAAGACUCAGAAGCUAUGGCUGAGGUAAAGCAGGAGCAAGACUCAGAAGCUAAGGCUGAUGACGAGCAAGCGACUCACGAGAGAGUGGAGGAAGGAGAUGAAGUGGUGGUGGAAGAUGAAGUCGGGGGAGAAACAGAAGAGGAGGCAAAAGAAGGAAAAGACAAUACAAUGGACACCACUGCAGAUUCUACCACAGAGUCUGCAAGCGUAGCUGGUACGGGGGGCGGAGAAAAGGAGGAACGGAAAAGGCCGAGGGAGGACGACGACCGACGAAAAGACAGCAGAGAUCGCCAUGAGCGACCUGAUCCCACGAAGGCGCCGGACCCAGAGGACCCCAGCGAUGACUUUAGUGAGGAGUCAGUGAGUACGUUGGUUCAGGGAGAGGGCAAGUUCCAGCCUCCGGACGGCUCUACCAUCACUCUUGACAACUUCAACUCUGACCUCUAUUUCAAGAUAAGUCCCGACGGAGUCACAGGCCACGGACUCUCGCAGCAGGGGUUCGCGUACCUGUGGGCGGCGGCCAAGGCGACCUGGGGAGCCCGGGGAGGGAAGGUCUGCUACGAGGUGAAGAUACUAGAGUACAUCACUGUCGUGGACCUGGCAGACACUGAGGAACACCCCAAUGCCUUGAGGGUUGGCUGGUCAACAGGAGACUCGGGGCUGGAUCUCGGGGAAGCUCCUCUCUCCUACGGCUACGGCUGCACGGGGAAGGCAGUAGUCAAUAACCAGUACAUUGAAUAUGGAGAGCCGUACGGAGACGGUGAUGUCAUCACCUGUCUUCUGGACCUGGAGUCGUCUCCCCCGAGUAUCUCCUUUGCCAGAAACGGAAACCAUCUCGGAAUAGCCUUCACUCUCGAGGAAGACAAGGUCAAAGGUCAAUGCUUCUUCCCGCACAUCUCAGUCAAGAACGUCAUGGUUCGAAUGAACUUCUGCGAGCCACUGUACCGCCCGUUGCCCGAGGGCUUCGAGGAGUACCUGCCGCUGCAGGGAGCCAAUGGCAACCACAAGCAGCGAGGAAUGGUUGGACCCAGAGACAUUGGGGACUGUGAGGUGGUGAUGAUGGUGGGCCUGCCGGCGUGUGGAAAGACAACAUGGGCCUCGAAACACGCCAGAGAGUUCCCCCAGAAACGAUACACAAUCCUCGGAACCAACCAAAUCAUGGACAAGAUGAAGGUGUCUGGGCUGGCUCGAAGGACCAACUACCACGGACGUUGGGAGAUGCUCAUCAAGAAGGCCACAGACAUCCUCAACAGACUGCUCGUUAUGGCAGGGAAAAUCCCCAGGAAUUACAUCAUCGACCAGACAAAUGUGUAUGCGAAGGCGCAGUACAGGAAGAUGGGUUAUUUCGAGGGCUUUGUUCGUAAGGCUGUCGUGGUGAUCCCGCCACACCAUGAGCUGAGGAAGAGGACCGCCAUGAGGAACAAGGAGAUGGGGGACCCUGUGCCGGAGGACGCCCUCAAUGCAAUGAGGGGUGAGGAGAGAUGGACGAGAAGGGGGCGGGGGGGGGUGCAAAGAGAGAAUUGAGGGGAGAGAGGGAAAAGUGAAGAAUGUGAAUGUUGAAAGAGGCAGACUUCACUUGUGCAUUGUUCAAGACAUGUUGAAGGCAGUGAUUAGCGUGUGAGGAAUAUAAAUGUGCAAGGAGUCCCAGUAAGCAAAGGGUUAAAACUACAACAAGAUUGGACAAGGAAGGAUUGGAUUCUGGCCUCUUGUGUACGUAAAAGGCAAGGGCUUACGGCUGCAUUUGAAGAAAGGGGGUGUGGCUAUCUUCGAGAUGAGGAGAGCCAUUAUUCGUGUGUUUUAAAUUGUCAUCUCUCCACAGCCAAACAGCAUUACAGCAUCAUUAGAAAAAACACGCUGUGCAUAUUGUGACUUGCACCAUGAACUGCAAGAUGCGUUUGUAUGUAUGAAUUUAGCGGAAUAAUUUCACCAGAUUGAUAGCAGAGCAAAGUAAGUAGUAAAGGUUCAUCGCGUCAGAUUUCUGCACAAGUGUUAAGUUCAUGCAUUUGGAAAACCGGACAAAAUGGGCGUGGCAAUCUUCAGUGUGUACAGACAACCUUAGGAAACUAAUAGUUGUGUUUUAAAAAUGUCAUCUCUCCACAGUUGAACCACUCAACCAACAGAGCAUUGAUUAUAUACUGUGCGUAGAGCAUUAUUUCUUCGCCCUGCCUUCGGGAGUAAAAAUCUGGCAUUUUUACUGAGUGUGUAAGUCUGACCUGUAUACGUGUCCGCCUUGAUGGCCUUUAUGACUCCUGGACUUGAAGCAUAGUCUCUUGCUUGUACAUCUGGCUUGAAGCAUACAUCUGCAAUAUUCCGUUCCAAUGUUGAGACAUCUGCAACUCUGUUCCGACGUGGGAAGAAAAGUCUGCCUUGAUUCGUGCGUCUCUUCUGGCUUCCGUCUGCCUGCCUUUUCUGUUUGUAUGUUUUGUUGUGUGUGUGUGUUUGUGUCCAUCUCUCAACAGGCCAUCGUAUUUGGGAUUACAUCACGUCAUAUACGUAGUUGACCAGCUUGCUUUUGAUAUUGGGCUUUUCAGAGUACAUUUGCAGUUCAUAUGAGCAGAGUUUUUGUGGCGUGUGGAGUUCAAAUCUUGCCUAUCAUUCUCCUGCCUUGUAUUUCUGGAGAAGCUAAAAUAUUGGGCCUCAAACGAUAAAGUGCGUUUUAACAAUAAAGUGCGUUGUAAAGUAUGUAUAACGAUGGAGUACGAUAGUAUUUAGUGAGCAUGCAACAUCUCCUUCUCUCUCCCUCCUCCCCUCCUCCCUCUCUACCUGGUGAAGGACUUCUGAACUCUGGAUGAUCUCAGAGUGUGUGCCAACUUCCAUGUCCCUGCCAAGGACAAUGUUUUCGAUGACGUCAUUUUCACCGAGAUCUACGGCCAGGCGGCAAACAAGAUCAUCCAGCAGUACAAGGACGAUGCGCUGGGUCUGCCUUCGUUCCCUCAGAACAAGAGGCCACGAUACGAUCGAUACGACCGACCCCACAGUGGAACCCCGGGGAGAUUUGGACCCCCCAGAGGACAGUAUGGACAUCCAGGAGGGUACAGAAACCCCUAUGGGAGCGGAGGCGGCGGAGGAGGGGAGGGGGUAUGCAAGAGGAGGAGGAGGAUACCCGCCCGCUGGAGGUUAUGGUGGAUACCGCCCCAUGUACCCCCCCUACGCUUCCCCCAUGUACGGAGGACCCCCACCGCCCCCUCGCAGGGGGAAUUUCGGCUAUGGCCCCCCAUCAGGGUCUUCCUACGGAGGAGGAGGAGGAGGAGGGAGGUCCCCCUACGGAUAUGGACCACCGCCCUCUCGCGGUUACUACGGACGAUACUGAACAAUCAUGCUUUGAACUUUGAACUCAUUGAACUUUUUUGGAUACUUUCUCUAUUAUUAUGAAUGUAAUUUCACAACAUGUGUAUUGUCUUAUAAUACAUUUGCACUUAU